UUCCGUUUUGAUCCUAUUAGCAAAAACAGCUAAGCUACCCAAGACACAACAGAGGAGAGGAGAUGAGAUGAGGCUCCUCCUCUGUAACUGCUCUGCUUCACUCCCACCACCACCAUCCUCUCUCUCUCCCCCCAAACCUCCUCCAAUUCUCCUCUUCACCACCACCACCACCACCACCACCACCACCAACUCUCUCAAUUGGCCUCACAAAACCCUAAUUGGUGCCCUAACUGGUGCUCUCUCCUUCUCACUUCUCUUCUCUUCCCCUUCUUCUGUCGCAUUGGAUUCAUCACUCCUCACUCAAUCCCAACCUCCUCCUUCUUCAGCUGAUUACUGUCGCCAAGAAGACCAGACCGAAGACCGCUACGAGACUGCUCCUGGAUUGCUCACCAACGAACGGAUUGUCGAUGAAGCUUGGGAGAUCGUCGAUGAUAGCUUUAUUGACACCGGUCGACAUCGAUGGUCCCCUGAUACUUGGCUUCGAAAGAAAGAAGAUAUUUUAGCCACUUCCAUUCAGACAAGAUCAAAAGCUCAUGAUAUUAUCCGGCGGAUGUUGGCCAGCUUGGGUGACCCUUAUACACGAUUUCUUUCUCCCUCUGAGUUCUCCAAGAUGGCGAGAUAUGACAUGACUGGGAUUGGAAUAAACCUUAGGGAAGUUCCAGAUGAGGAUGGAGCUGUGAAACUGAAGGUAUUAGGGCUCAUUUUGGAUGGACCUGCCCAUACUGCUGGUGUGAGACAGGUUUGGCGUGCAGCUUUGACAGCACGCUUUGGAGUAGAAGUUGAGUUUUUUAUCUUUUAUAAUUGGGUCUUUAUUUUUGUACUCUACAAGAAUCUUGUUGCUGUAGAAUUCAGCCAUUUGCCAACUUUCUUCCACAUGUGCAAUAGGCAUGCUCAUACCUGUGCUAGCCUUCAUGUGCAGUGGGCAGUCUUGGCUGCUCAGAAGAGGAAGCAUUUGCUGAUGGAGAAACCGACGGGUCUUGAUGUGGAGGAGCUUGAUCGAGCUACUGGAUCGAGCACUCUGCCGACCUCACCAAUCCAAGCUGAGAUCCUUGACCGAAUUGCUGAUAUUGAUUUAGUGGUGAAUUUCAAAGGCUCUGAGGAGUGCUUGUUGAAGCAUGUGAGAAAUGGAAUUUAUUCCACUGGUCAAGAAUUUAUGAGCAUGGGAUCUUUCAGUGCUGAUGUGCAAGGCAUAUUCUCCUAUGCCUCCACACGGGUUCUUGGCAUCAAUCCCUCAAGCCUUUUGCUAUUCCUUCCCCUAAUGGCAUUGCUGAGGCUUCUGGGAACACGCCUGGUAAAACCUCAGGAGGAUUUGCUAAUGGAGUCUAUUCCAAAAGUGAUGACAGUGGGAGUGAAGGUUCAAGUGAAGAAGAGUGAAGUGUUUUGGACAGGGGGGUAUCAGUGGUUGAGAUUCAAGACUGUAACCAUGCUUCAAUCUUUUUUGGCAAUGAAGCGACUCGAAGACUUGGGUGCCUCGUCUUUUAUUCUUGAUCUUAGAGAUAAUCUGGGUGGACUAGUUCAGGCUGGGAUUGAAAUUGCUAAGCUCUUUCUAAACCAGGGGGAGACGGUGAUCUAUACCGUUGGAAGGGAUCCCCAGUACCAAAAAAACAUUAUUGCAGAAACUGUACCUCUAAUUACAGCUCCUGUCAUUGUUUUGGUGAACAAAAAUACUGCUAGCGCGAGUGAAAUAGUUGCCAGUGCACUCCAUGAUAACUGUAGAGCUGUUCUUGUGGGCGAAAGGACUUUUGGCAAGGGCCUGAUUCAAUCUGUAUUUGAACUGCACGAUGGAUCUGGUGUGGUUGUCACAAUUGGGAAAUACGUCACACCGAACCACAUGGACAUAAAUGGCAAUGGAAUUGAGCCUGAUUUUCAGAAUUUUCCAGCUUGGAGUGAGGUCAUGAAACAUCUAUCGACUUGCCAUACACUUAAACAAGGAUAAAAAAAACAGGAUUCAAGGCCUUGAAACGGUUGUAUGAAUUGUUUGGCUUGCACAUUUGGUUCUACAUUUGAAUUGACAUAAAUUCCCAUGAUGACCGCUAGUAAAUAUAUAUAUGCAGUCUUCCAGAAUCUUCUUAUUCGAGGUCAUCUGUGAGAAACAAUUGAUUGAGAUUCUGGGGAUUUCUCAUUACAUCAAUCAACACCAACCACUUGGGCAUUGGGAGAUGCUUUUGGUGCAGGGAUUGAAGAAUUCAACAUACAAUUCACAGAAAUGAACAAAAAAAAUUCCAUACAUUCAAGCUGGAAGAAGGCCCUCUAGGAGGUAUAUUUUUGAUGUAUUAUUCGUUGUCGAUAGCAUAUCUGUUGCUGUAUUGAUAGAAAAUGUUUUAUCUACCAACAUUAUCUGGUUGAAAAAAGAAAAAAGAAAAAAGAAAAAGUGUGGACAGGCUUAUCUGGAAAAUUGUCAAGGGCCCCUAGAGCUUUCAUUGUGGGAGAAACCUUUUUUUUCUUUUUUUUUUCCUUGAUGAAAAAUUGGGGGUGCAUGUGGAGUGAUGCUUCUCGUAAGAAUUUCUCGCUA